AUGUAUUGUGCUGGUCAAACACUUAAUGCUGAGUAUGAGGGGGUGAAAUGCAUUUGCGUGCCGGUGGAGGACCGUCCUCACUCCCCUCUGGAUCAGCACUUUGACAGCAUGGCUGAGCGGAUCCAACAGAACCACACUGGAAGCUCGCUGGUGUUCUGCUCUGCUGGUAGAAGCAGGUCUCAGUGUCUAAUCAUGCCGUAUCUCAUGAGGUUUGAGGGAGUCUCACUGCUUCAGGCUCAUCAGCAGGUUCUGGCUGCACGACCCUUCAUCCGGCCAAACGCAGGGUUCUGGAGGCAACUGCUUCAGUAUGAGAGGAAACUGACCCACUGCAACAGCAUCAGGAUGGUGGCCACCUCACAGGGCGUCCUACCUGAGGCCGUCCAGCUCACACAGGACUCGUCAUCACACUGCCUUAAUUUAUAAUUCACUAGGUUGUUUUGAACUGGAUAUAUUUAUAUGGUGUAUCUGUGUUUUUAAAACUUAUGUUUAUACGAAUCAAAAAAAAUCAUGUAUUUUUUAAUAACAUGUUUGAACCUGGUUUUUGAUGUUUCAUGGUAAUACCAUGGUAUUCCUUGAAGUACCUUCAUUUACUAUUUAUGAAUAUGGUAAUCAAUUGGUAAAGUGAACGUGACACAUGAAGGCCAAGUAGUGAGCACUGCAAACUGUGAUAAACACCUAGAGUUGUGGCACCCAGGGAGUGAUUGUGGGUUAGGUGCCUUGCUCAAGGGCACCUCAGUCAUUUCCUGCAACCUUUGGGUUACCAGUCAGACUCACUAACCAUUAGGCCUUGACUGAAAGAAGUAAAAGUGAAAAGAAACCAGUAACAUCUGAUACUUUAAUUGUACAAUGGUAAAUACUAAAAAAAAGGAAGUGGUCAUAUUUGUGGCUUUCUUAUUAUCUGUGCAGAUCAUAAUAGCAGUGCCUCACCGCAGUUACUAAAACUGACUAUAAUAAAAAUUACCUCAGAGGACAGAGUUCAUUUUAACCCUGUAAACCUUUAGACAAAAUCUAAAAUAUAAUCUAAAAAAAAAGUUUGCAUAUGUGUUUUAUGUUUUGUAUCUGUCACAUUUAGAGUUUGUUUUUUGAUCUGUUUCUCUGUCCGUGUUUGAGCUUUUUUGUUCAUCUAAUAGUUUCUAGUUCAGUUUCUAUCUGUUCUUUGUCUAGCAUUGAUUUAUGACAGUGUGCCUCGUAUAUGCUUCUAUUUAUUGUUUGGAUUAUUAUAUUGAAUAUAUCUCCUUUAUCAUGCAGUUCAGUACAUCCUCCACAUCUACAUCAGGCUUUUAUGGCCCAUAUAGUAUCAUAUAGUGUGAAUAUGUAGCUCAGACUCAGUGGGAAAAAACACCUGAAAACACCUCAAUUUUAUUCAGAGACCAAAUUAACAAAAAAUAUUCAUUUUGGUGCAAAUGUUAUUUGUAUGAAAUUCUGAUAAACAUAUCAGCUGUCACUGUAUCUUCUAAUAAUAUGUCAUAAUAAGAUGACAUUUAAAUAUGUUUUAUGAUCAAAGCUCUCUGUAGUUUUAAUUAUGGUGGGUAAAAUAUAAUUAAAUGCAAUACAACUAUAAUCAAGCCUGAAAAAUUAUGUAGGCCUAUGGAUAAUCACGUAAACAUAAGAUGCUUCAGUCCAGCUGCUCUUCUUGAAAUAUUAUUUAACAAUAUAAGUUUGUUUCAAGAUUU